AAAGUAUAUUCUCUGUUUUGUGGUGAUUUUACUGGAGUUCUGUGGCCUUUGAAAGCCCUGAUACACUGUCUGGAUAUGUCUUUGGAUGUGACGGCGUGUCUAAAGGCUCUUUCAAGCGCAUUUUGUCAAUAUAGGAGCCAUACAACGGAGCAAAAUACCAAGGAUCUUGAACGACAAAUCGAUGUAAGUGGCUUCUGGUAUAAGCUUUUUGUUAUUAAUUCUUUGAACUUUUGAAUUCGAUGAAGAUAUCGAAAAAAACCUUUCAAAAGAGUGUCGAAUAUGUGAUCCUUCCUGAGUCGUGACGUAUUUCGUGUUAUUAUGGUAGUAAUUUCACAUAAUAACAAUAGUAUAAUGUCAAUCAAACCAAUCACCUGUGAACUAGUAAAUUCGAAGGGCAGGGGAUUACAUGUAUCCAAAUUUAGUGACUGUUUGUCAGAAUGCCUUAAAAGCGUACAGUUUUAUUAAAUGUUGUAAAUCUUUAUCAGAAAAAUUGUGCAUUUCGAAAGUUUAUUGAUUCGCUAUAUAAUGAAUUUUUGGCAUAGGACAUGCUAUAGCAAGUUAAGUUUGUAAGUUACUUAUUACAUACAUUAUAUUGAUAAUGUUCAUUAGUAAAAUCCAACUAGUGGUCUAUUAUCAAUGCUGCGCUCUGAUUGGUUGGGCUACUACUAGGCUAUAUGUUAUGGCCCACUAGUAGCGAAAAGUGUUUGAGUUUUGGCGGCUUGCAAAAAAGGAUUAAAGUCUUGCUUUAAGUUGUUUUGUCUUGAUAUUUUUGACCAACUAGUUGGAUUUUACUAAAACAAUUAUUCCUCUUGCCCUCAUGGCCUCUGAGUCAAUAGCCCAUGAGACUGAAGGCCGAAUGGGCUAUUGACUCAGAGCCCAUUCNGGAUUACAUGUAUCCAAAUUUAGUGACUGUUUGUCAGAAUGCCUUAAAAGCGUACAGUUUUAUUAAAUGUUGUAAAUCUUUAUCAGAAAAAUUGUGCAUUUCGAAAGUUUAUUGAUUCGCUAUAUAAUGAAUUUUUGGCAUAGGACAUGCUAUAGCAAGUUAAGUUUGUAAGUUACUUAUUACAUACAUUAUAUUGAUAAUGUUCAUUAGUAAAAUCCAACUAGUGGUCUAUUAUCAAUGCUGCGCUCUGAUUGGUUGGGCUACUACUAGGCUAUAUGUUAUGGCCCACUAGUGGCGAAAAGUGUUUGAGUUUUGGCGGCUUGCAAAAAAGGAUUAAAGUCUUGCUUUAAGUUGUUUUGUCUUGAUAUUUUUGACCAACUAGUUGGAUUUUACUAAAACAAUUAUUCCUCUUGCCUUCAUGGCCUCUGAGUCAAUAGCCCAUGAGACUGAAGGCCGAAUGGGCUAUUGACUCAGAGCCCAUUCCGGCUCAAGAAAAUAAUUGUUAAUUAACAAACUUAUUUUCAUAAUAUGCUCACAUGUACAUUUAGAUAGGCUACAGACUUAUGUGGUUGUAAGUGUACAUGUAGCACAGGGUGCAAAGGAAGUCAGUUUACAGCCUCGCCAUUAAGACAAGCUGUAGUUAGCAUGUACUUUAUAGCCCAAGAGUCAUUUUAACUAGUCCCCCCCAAAAAAAUUGAUGAGCAGGAUUGAUUACAGUUCUUCAGACUCUGUAAUUUGUAUUCCCCAAAAACUUCACUUGCCUAUUGGGCGAGUUAAGAACAGAAUUCACAAGCCUGCUGAUAGCAAAAUCUACUAGCCCUAGGCUAUCAGACACGAUUUUCUUUGCCUGCUGGUAGCAUUUUUUUUGUGUGCAAGUAUAAUCUUUUAAAAUGGAGAUAUUUUUAUUUUUUUUUUAACGGGGUGGAGUUAUCUUUUUUAGGUUUUGAUUGGCAUUACUUCAUCAGGGAAACCUUUGCGUGGAUUUACACCUAAAGAGCUUCUUCCAGCAGAAUGUCUUUCCUCUCUUGUGGGCAUGCUAAAUGAGAGUAAUGUGAAACAAAGUCUGCAUACAAAGGCGAUGGUUCUACUCUUUAAUCUUGGUGAGCUGAUAUUUAUUUGGAAAAAACUUCUGUUGUUUCCUAUGGGAGAAUAAUCUUACCAUAAUCCUCUAAAGUGCUGGUAUGCCAUUCUGUUAUUAUUGUAACAGCCUCAUUGAUUUUGGUGUGGCUAGUUGGUCUGGCCCCAGUUGUUCAAAAGAUGGAUAGUGUGGGUAAGUAUUAGGAAAACUAAUUGCGCUAUCCAGUGGAUAGAGAUUUUUCCAAUGGAUAGCGCUAUCCACCUUUGAACAACCGGGGCCUGGUUCUGAUGUCUAUUUCUUCCUGACCUUGAGUCAGUUUAUUAUUGAAUGGAAUGGUUCAGCAUUUGCCACUGACUCUCCUACAUUAAUGUAUUAAACUAUUUUUAGCCAAUGAUGCAGAAACAAGAGAGGUUCUUCACACUACAUAUCAUUUGACAUCCACCCUUGCAGCCAUACUUCACAGACAUCAUCUUGCAUCAAAUGAAAAAAUGAUAUUUCAGGUGUGUUAUACAGUGAAUACAUUAAUAGGUUCUUUGUACUGGUUGUAGUAAAUAGUAUGUGAUUCAGAUAGUAGCUCAUUGUCAGUUAUUUAAAUGUGUAAUUUAGGUAAGACAAAGAUAGUACUUUGACUCGUCAGGGUUUGAAAAAUGCUUGAAUUUCAACUUGUACUUUCACCAGCUGCUCUCACAUUUUGCGUGCCCAGGGCCAUUGCUAGUGCUUGCUUGUCUUAACUGAUGAUUUUGUUACCAGGUGACUUGUCUGGAUUAUUGCUUAUUGGAAAAGUGAGGCUAAAGGUUUACUUGCCCAGCAAGAAUAUCCACUUAUCCUGGGGGGACCAGAUAUAACUUUUUUUAAACCCUGCUUGAAUUGAAAUUGUACCCCAUUAUACUAAAAAUAAUUCUUUGCUAGUAGUUAAAAUUUAAUGUGUUAAACUAGUCAGUGAUACCAGUACAUGUAUAUGUAAUCUCUUUUCUCUUUUUCUGCCUUUGUUAUUUUUGUUAUCACUUCUAUGUAAACAUUUUGGAACUGUUGUUAGUAAUAAUAAGCAUUGAUAAAGGAAACUAAAAUUAAUAUUUAUAUUAUCAUUCCUUAUUUUGUUACCAAUAGUGUCUGAAACUUCUUGAGAGAGUGACAUAUGGCUGUAAGAUUACAACUCCCAGUGGAUACGUUGAAGAGUUGAUCAGAUACUUAGUAACAAACAUGUGAGUAUUGGUCCUUAGUACAAUGUCACUGUGGCUGAACUGAGCACUUUUCAGACCAGUGAGAAGAGGUAGUAUUAUUUUUUGCUUAAGUCCUACCAUGAGAGCCAAAAAUUUCUUUCUAAAAUGUAAGGGUAUACAUGUACAAUAAUGUCAUUGAGAACAAUAUUUAAGUGUCGAGUUACAAGUGGGAAAAGUGCUACCAAUGAUAUUUUACUUUAAUGGUUUCAUAGUAACAUUUCAGUCAAUCAAUCAAUAAGUCAAUCAAUGAGUCAUUCAAUCAUUCACUUUCAUCAAUUAAUAAUUGUUCAAUCAAUACCUUUGGUCAUAUUUAUCAGUCCAAUAUUUUUAUUGUUGGGGACAUUUUUAUCCAAUAGGUUCAAAGUUACAGUAAAUAUUGAUGAACUGUAGUCCAGGGCCCGGUUGCAGAAAACCUGCACUUAAGUGCUCACUUAAGUAGGUCACUUACGAAUCCGCUAUGGGUUCACUUACGGGUGUUGCAUGGAACACACUUAGCACUCUCGUAAGUUUCUGUUUUACGUGGUAACUUACGGGCUCACUUAAGGGCACACGUAACCUUGAUAUAGUACUUUAUUAACGAUUCACUCUUUUUUUUUAAGCUAACCAUCGGUGAGUGUAAAGAAAGUAAAAUUCGUUUCCAACACUUUUAAGCCUCUCAAAAAAUGAAAUUUGCAUGCAAACGUUAUUUUUCUUCAAUAUCUACUGAAAAUGAUAGUUCUUCUUCUUUUUUCACAAAAGUGUACAUCAGAGGUUAACAAAGUGCAUUAGAACGAAUUACGUGAAGAAAAAUACUUUUUUUCACUUCUCAGUAAAAGAUCUCGUUAAAUUUAGUAAAAACAGUGACGAUACGGAACCUAUAUAGGUCCCGUAAAUUUACGUUCUAUUUUUCCCGUAAAAAAAGUUUUAUGCAACACCCGCAAUUUCUGUUGCAUAAACGACAUUUAAGUGAACACUUACGAAAAUCGUAAGUGCAACCACUUAAGUGAAUUCCCCAAGUGGACCACUUAAGUGAUUUCAUGCAACUGACUUAAGUUACGAGUGCACGUACGUGUACCCGUAGUUGUUACUGACGUUUUAUGCAACCGGGCCCAGGCCCUGGUUGUUCAAACAUUGGAUAGUCCUAUCUACCGAAUAAAUCACUAACCAGGGGAUUAGUAUUAGGAAAACCAAUUUUGUUAUCCACUGAAUAGAGAUUUAUCCGGUAGAUAGUGCUAUCCAGUGUUUGAACAACCGGGGCCUAUAUUGUACAUGACAAUUUCUCUAUAAUAAAGUCCAAGCACAGAUCUAAAGAAAAUGACUGUUUUCCAAAUACUGUUUGUGAGCCAAAGGUGUAUACAUCUAGGAGAUUAUGAUCAUGUAUGCUAGGAUACUCUGAAUUCAAACAGUUUUGACUUCUUUUCUUCCAACUACAGACAGUUGCCUGAAUCAGAUUUAACUGUACCAUGCCUCGGCCUUUUGACAAACCUCUGUCGACAUAAUUUACCAAUACAGGCACACAUCAAGGCUCUGGUAAGUGCUUACUUGAAGAAUUGUACUGGAUGCAAAGAGAGUCGGUUUUACAGCUUGGCUUUUGGGCAAGCAUGUACUAGCCCAGGAGUCAUACUUUUUGCACGCCAGCUCAUACCGCGAAAAUGUAGCCUCUGCUCGCAGGGUAUUUAUCUAGCCCACAAUUCUUUUUUUUUGAUAAGCAGAAUUCAUUACAGUUCCCUCAAAAAACUUCACUUGCCUGUCAGGCAAGUUAAGAACGGAAUCCACUAGUUUGGUAGCAAAAUUUACUAGCUAGCCCUGGGCUAUCGGACACACCUAAUCUUUGCAUGCUGUUUUGAUGCAUCUAAUUAAUUCCUUCUCUCUUAUUCAUCCCUUAGUCAGUUUCAGAAUUCAGGAAAAAGAGAACUACAUGUACAUGUACAUGUAGCUUUAUACUUUUGUUUCUUUUCAUCAAACUUGUGAUUGAAUUUUUUUUCUUAUUGUCGGUUCUGAAAACUACUACCACAUUGUACUCCCCUUAUACAGCUGUAAUAGUUGGUUUUCUAAUUACUACCAGUUAAAUCCUGUUGUUAAUUGUAGUUGUUACUAUUUAUUGCAUUCCAAAGUGUAUCAACAUCUAACUUUAUAAGUGUUUGAACAACAGCCAUUUCAGUCUGAGCCCAAAUUAGAGCUUUAGAUUUGAAAAAAACCUAAAUUAGAGCAUAAUGAAAAUAAUAUUUUGCUGUCAUUGUUAUUACCAUUAUCAUUAUUAUCAUUUUAAUUCAUUUAACCACAGGUAUACCUUAUCUCACUAGUACUGUGCCAUUUAGUAUUUAUAAAUAUCAUUAUUGAUUGUUAUUAGCUUUCUCCUGAUUGGUCACCUUCUUUACAUUGCAGGAGAACAUCAAAUCACUAUAUCGGACAUUGAUAGCCUUUCUUUCUCACAGUAACCUCACAGUGAUUGUUUUUUCAUUGUCUAUUUUGACAAGCCUCUCACUCCAUGAACAGCUAGGAGAGAAGGUAUUGCACAUCAAUUCAUUGGUUACUCAGUAACUUGCUUUGUUAUACAAUUUAGAGAGUUAUUUUCUAGAACUAAUAAAAUAUUUCUCACAGCGGCAAGUUUAUAAUUUUGUCAGAAUUUGCAACACACGUUACUCCCACGAGAAUCUCAGGCGAGGUGGUUUGUCUAUGUGCUCCAAGUCUAUCGGGUUUGGUUGGUGUCCACCAUGACAUCAUCCAGAGGCACAUAAAGGUGCUUUGUGGGUUUUCUAGGCAACCGAUUUUGGGGCCUCGCUCGUGAAUCCCACAAGGCUUGCUUAGCAAAGUGAUGUGUGAUUUGCUUUGGUCAUAUUUCUAAUGGUUUGGUUUUUUCAGUCGCCAUUUCAGGAGUCGAUAAGUGCUUUUUUGCAAUGAAUUUGGAAGGCAAAAGUACUUUUAAGAGAAAAUGGAAGGAAUUUGGAUCAUUAGCCUUAUUAAUAAAGAUAAUUAUGAGCGAAAAUCGAAAUCACAUGUUUUGUGUCCCACUUUGUAGAGGAGUUUAUACCAUAUCAGCUUAGUUGGGCAUCUGUUCUUUAAAUGUGAUGAAAUGGGUUUAAGUUGCUUUUUUUUAUCACACAGUUCUUGUAUGUUCCCACGUGGUGUAGUGGCAAUGAAAUGGCCCAGCCUGUAGGAGGUCCUGGGUUCAAUUCUGGGCAGAAAUUAGUUUUCUUUCACUCUUCUUUUCUUGUUUUUCCUUUUCAUGUAGUAGUUUUUUAGUUAUUGUAGUUUGUUUUGCUUCUGUAUUAUAGCAUAAGUUUUUUUAAAAUUUAUUAAUUUUCUUCCCUAUUGCCUUGUUUCCCUUUCUUCCUACUUUUUGCUGUUCCCCUGAAAUUGCUUCGUGAGGUCACAGACUGUGAUCUAAGUAUUUCUAGUAUAAGUUUUCUGUUUUGAAGAAGUUUAAUAACCCAUUAGAAUAAAUUUGAAUGUUCAAACACGUGAUUGCAAUACUGCAAAGAAAAAUAUGUAAAGUCAUGUGUUAUCUGAAAUGUUUCAAGACUUUCCUCUAAGAAAAAAUGAAGGAAAGUCCAGUUUGGGCCUCAUGUGUAAUCCAGGGUCACAGGGUUUGCAGUAUAAGAUUUCUGUAUCAAAGAAGCUAAGAUUUCCUAGUCACCCAUGAGCAACAGUAAGGUACCAGGGGUUACCAGGCCCUACUAGAACAUAGCCCUCUGUUUUUUCUUUUCCAAGUUCCCCAAUCUUGAUUGGUUUUGUGCUCUGACAGCAGCCAGUGGCCUCUGACAUCUUUAUUACUUUUACGUAUUAUACAAUGCAGGGAACGAAGAAAUGCCACUUUUUUAAACAGAAACCUUAAUGCUAAAAAUUACAUUAUUCACAUACUGUUGAUUUUUGUUUGGGAAAUCCAGAUAAGGUUUUUAAUUUCUCAGUUGAACUUCAAACCAAAAGCACUUGAGUUUCACCAAAUAAAAUUCCUUCUGUAAUGUGGUUUCAGUUACCUUAGCAGAAACUCCCUUAAUGUUUAUCAGACAGGUGCACCUGAUGCAUGUUCGCUUGAACAAACACAACAAUGCAUUUAUUUUUCUUUGCUUGACUAUGCUGAUAGUGUUGUUGUUUCCUUUGACCAGCUUUUCAAUGCAAAGAAUAUCCAUCAGACCUUUCAACUUGUGUUCACCUUUCUAAUUAAUGGAGAGGGUCCCACAACAAGGCGCUCUUCAGUGGACUUGUUUGUUGACUUACUUGCUAGUCCCAAAAUUCAGCAGUCUCUCCUAAUGUAAGUAUCCUUAUAAAGGUGAUGUUACACGGGAGGAUUCGAAACAACUUUUUAGGCAACACAGUGUAGCAAUGUUGGAACAAUGUUGCAACCACUUGAAACGUGUCACAACAAUGUUGAAAUGAUGUGUUGAGUUAAAAAUUGUCCCAUGUAACAUCACCUUAACACGGGGCUAUCACUAGGGGCUGGGGAUUCCCUCAGCUACUAUGAGUGUGACCCCUGCCUACUUUCAUAGGGAAAAAAUAGAACAAGUCCAAUUCCCUGCAUACUAAAUAAAUAAAAUAUACUCGGAAACUUGAAAGUUUAGCAACAGCCGGCCUGUUAACAACAUAAAACAUGUAAGUAUUUUUUAAUGCCCUGUUUUCUAUCUUAUGUGCCAGGGUUGCUAUAACAAGUUUGGGAAAGACAAAACUCUGUUAAGAAUUAGAGAAAGUCAAGUAAACUUAAGCUCCUGGCAAAGUCAGUGAAAAUGAAGAAAUUAUUUAAUUUCCACAGAUUUAGAUUGCCGCAGGGUUUCAUUGAGAACAUUUACAUUUUACAGAAGGUCAUUUAAGAAUACAAAUUAGCAAAAAUUGUUUAACACAGUGCUUUGAUGUCGCCGUGACAUCAUUAUUAAGUGAUAAGAUAAAAAAACUGACAUCUGUCUUACAUGUAAUAUUACAGUUGGAAGUGACAAAAUUUUACUAGAGAACAAAAGUAACAUGGCAUUGUUUUGAAGUCAGAUUUUAAAUUUCUUUAUCUUUGUUAUCUCNUGACAUCAUUAUUAAGUGAUAAGAUAAAAAAACUGACAUCUGUCUUACAUGUAAUAUUACAGUUGGAAGUGACAAAAUUUUACUAGAGAACAAAAGUAACAUGGCAUUGUUUUGAAGUCAGAUUUUAAAUUUCUUUAUCUUUGUUAUCUCUUGAUAAUGAUGUCAUUGUGACAUCAAAGCGCUUUCGGUAAUUUUCAUUCUUUAAGAUUGGGAUUGUUUUUUUCUCCUUUCAGACAUGAACAUUUGCCAUUUUAUUUGGAGCAGAUUCUGGCAUUACUUCAUUUAAACGAAGCUGAAGAAACUGCCAAGGUGAACUUCUGUCUCCUUCCAGGUGUAGAAAUAGGUAGUCGGUACUGGUAACAUAAUAGGGACCUUGAGAUGCAAGGAUGGUGACAGUGGGGAAAGCAUUGCUUGAAAAUUGAAUUUGUUUUUUUUUUUCAAUCUUGAUCACGAUUAUUCCUACUACUACUUUGUCAAAUGUACACGUAGGCAAACUCUCCUAGAAUUGAAUUCCCAAGAACUAUAUCCAAGUUCAGAAGGUGAACAUUACUUGUUUAUAUCCUCUAUAAAAUGUGAAAUUAGGCAUUUUCACUUGGUAGUUGUGCAGUGAUGGCAAAAAAAGUACAGAAAGUGUUAUCCACGUACAAAGUUGCUGUUUUGCUUGUUAUACCUACUCCUUUUUGGACGUUCUGAUUGUUGUCACUCCCCUCGGAUCUUGGGGUCCCUUUUUAACUGCUGGGGUUGUGUAUAACCCUGUGAAGACGAGCAUCCCAUCCAGGGGUGAGUGGCAAUACCCCUAGGUGCUUCAUGCUAUUAAAACUGGGUCAAGCUGUGGCUGCUCAAAUCUUCUUGGCUUGUGCAUUCCUUAAACUUUCAUGCAUUUUUUUUCUUCAGGUGUUUGAGUUGCUUUUGACAUUCUGUUCUGUGACUGGUUUGAGGAAUCUUGUUUGCAAAGCGUUGUUCUCAACUGUGAGCUCUAGACCAAAGGACCCAAAGAUAAACAGUGCAUAUGAUGUUGUUUUAUACUGGGCCAGUCAGUCAGUUGACAUUCACUCAACUGUGUCACUCAAGGCUCUUGAUUUUAUCAAGGAAAUGUAUGAGGUGAGAAUGAGAUUUCAUCUCCUAUAAAUCAAAUAACAGGCGUACAUGUACCCUUAAAAAAGGCAUGGAGUUCAUUGUUUUCAUGUGCUACCCAGACCUUAAGGGGACAGCAGCAAUUAUGUUAACUGUGGAGAAAACCUUCAUUGUCCUUAUUCUGAUGUUAAUUGGUUAAUUUUUUUUUUGGAAUCGACUUCUAAAGUAGCCCGAAUUUCAUCCGAUUACUUCGAGUCGUUAUUACUCCCUGUGAGGAGAAAACGACUCAAAGCAAUCGGAUGAAUUUCAGGCUACUUCUAAAGGGCUGUAUUUAAGGUUUUUAAAAAUAUCUAAAAAAUCGUUUCAUUGAGUUCAUUUCCUCCUCAAAAUGUGAAAUAGAACAAUUCACAUCGUCUUUGUACAACAACAGCAGAGAAAUGUACAAGCAAGUGCGGUGCAGGUGCAGAGUUGUUGUCUUUGCUAAUUUUAACCUAUUGUUUGCUGUUCUCAUUGCUGUUGUUGUCGUUGCUUGUGCUCCCUACAUGUAUUUAGGAGUGUUUUAAGGAAGUGAGGUGCAGCAUAUAUAUAUUAUUUCUUGUUUUAUUUGUUUGUUUUCCAGGAACUUGUUGAUGGUGGCCUUCUUGAACAAUUAUCACCACGGACAUCAUAUCUAAUCCCUGUGCUGACGCAACUGCUGAUACCACCUACAGAAAUUGAUGGCACUAUACUGAAACAGAAAUGUGCACAGAUCAACAAGGCCUUGGAAGUUCUUAGUGAUAUCCUUUUAAGUCAGAAUAGGGGCAUACUGUAGGCCUGUAUAGUGCAGCUAUGUAACAAAAGUGCUUUCAUGACAAAACAGGUUAUAGCUUAUUUAGGUUCAGUAUACAAUGCUGUAACAAUGAGUUGCACCACAGGAAAGCAGCAUUUGCUGGGCUAAAGUAAAUGUUAGUGAAAAAGGGUGCUGGUAGGCCUGCAUGAGACUGCUCUGGGCCAUCAAACUUCACUAACAGCUUGUGUGAAGGUCAAGUGAUUUUUUUAAUCUUCAUCUUGCCCUGUUUGUAAACUUUAAAAAGGAGUAUUUGAUGAUAAGCAUCACAAGUGUCUAAACAUGGUAUAAAACGGAAGAAAUCAACAGAAAAAAAGACCUGGUAUCGUUUAUCACAAUCAGCUCACCACAGUUUGAUUAAAAGCUGUUACUGUUUUGACAUGACAUCAGAUGGUUCAUUCAGCAAGUGGAUAUUCAAUGUUCAGAAAGUAUUUUCAAAGUAACAUGCAUUCCAGAAGAGGCAUAAAUGAUCCCUGAUGAAGGGAGUGAGUUUCAGUUUCCGAGAAUUUGCUUUAACUAUGUGUUGACAAAUGCCACAACGAACCUCAGCUUGCUAGGGGUGGAGAGGUUACGUUUAUGCCAGAGCUGUCAUUAAGUUUUUAAGCAGCCGUAGCAAAUGAAGACUCACCAUAACAUCUCACAGCAAAAUUUAUAUUGUCAUCGUUAUAAACUGUCCGGCUUUGAGCACCACAAAAUAAUUUUAACAGGUGUUACGGGUUACGGCCCUUAAUGACAGCCCUGUUAAUACUUAUUAUCGAGAACUGUGUCUAUGUAACGGAGCACUGUAUGAAAAUUCUAAUCUUUAUGUUCUGUCCUUGACUUUUGCGACUUCUGUGUUUUGAGGAUUCGCUUAAAAGUGUUGUAUUAGGACAGCUGAAUCUUGAUUACUGGUGGAAGUUGCUGGAAUAUCAGUACCAACACAACAGUGUUGGAACACGCAGUUCUGUUGCAGUGUCUUGGAGGUAAGGGGUUGGUGUAAAAGAGCAGUGUUUUAAACUACACAAUUAUGAAUUUAGAAUCAGAUUCAGUAAAUUUUCAUUGGCCGCGUGAUUCUCUCUGUCAGCGAAAGUCCACAUGACUUGUACAUAUAAAAUUAUCGAUGUAAAUGACGACCUUUUGAAACAUUCUUUCGUUUGCAGCCAAUCCUUAGAUAUUUUCUGUAUUAAUUAUGACUUGUGCAGAAUUAGCUCCUCUGCUCGACUUCAACGUGCUCUCUGAUAAGAAGUUCAAGUCCCGAGUAUUACAGUGUUUUUGUAAAUAACCAUGUGUAAUUGUCUUUUUGGCUUUAGCUUGGAAGGCGUAAACGUCGUGCUUCAAAUGUUGGACUUGCUCUGUAAAUUGAAAAAUGACGUCAUGGGACUGCAGGUCUGUAGCUUUGAGCUCCCUUUACCACCAUUGAACUUUGCCAAAGAGAAAAUGACCAAGAAAACAUCAAUAACAUCGAACUUUUAAUGCAGACCAAUUAUCAGAGCCUUUUUGUUUUUGCUUUGUUUACAGGAGCGGCUUGCUGCCGCGUUGCAAGACCAGCGGUUGGUCCCCUUCUUGGCACGCUCGUUGAGUAGUGACUCACGUGACAGCGUCCAAAAGGCUCUUCGCAUUCUGAGUGAGGCCACCAACUUACCUGACUUUCAGGCCAUUUGGUAAGGCCCUACAUGUAGUAAUAUUAAUCCAAGUGAGACAUAUAUUAGCAGAUACGGAAGCGAAAACGGUCAUUUCAGAUACAGGGUUUUACUCAAACUACAGACAGUAACAGUUUUAACAAAAGAGCGAACACAAUUGAAAUGAUUAAACCUCUUUAUUUUAUCCUCAUAAUAUGCUUUAUAACGAAUUCAUCAAUUAGAAAGAGCCCUGAAAAUAGGGUUAUGUCAUUCAUAAGUAAAUUAAAUAAAAUCGGCCGUGCCGCCAACAGUUCUGUUAGUCCUAUUACACACUUACCAACACAGUCAUAUUCACUGUGUGAUCAACACGUACGUAUUGUUGUACAACGGGAAUUUUUUCCCCACCAGCACGUAGUCUUAUGCAGACAUCUGACAAUAAAACUGUUUCAGGGGCGGAUCUAGGGGGAGGGUGCAGGGGGUGCGCACCCCUCCCUGAGAUGACCUGCGGUUUUCUAAUACAACUGGUAUUCUGCAAAAAAAAAACUAUGUGGUUUAUUGGUGUUGAAGUAGAGCAAGAGACGAAAGUUGAGCGGGCAACAUUGCAAAAGCUAUGACCUAGAGAUUUAGGAUCAUUCAUUACCGUCCGCUGAGAUUUACCUUCAUGAAUUUGUAUUGUUUACAGGUUAGGAGACUUGAUUGCAUCUAACAACGCAGCUCGCGAGGAAGAGAUGUCACUCCUUAGAAGACCCAAUGAUACAGAACUCAGUCCCCCGUCCUCACCUCGGCACCAGGUCUCCUUAGCCAACACCAAGAACUCGACCAGUGUACGCCCAGUCGGCGUGAACAAUGGUUCAAUGAAAAGCAAAAUUCCCCCCAAUAACUCACAGUAUGAUUCAAACAUCGAGUCCUUGAUCGAGAAGAUGAAGUCCGGUUUGGAGGUGCAGAUUGUUUCUUUCUGACUGAUUUUUUCUGUGACAUUGUACGAAAGGGGAAGAUUUAGACUGCAAAACAGUCCGUAUUUUAGCGUAUUCAAGAACGCGCGAGCAGUCAAACAAAAGGUCUGGGACGAGGCUUAAAACAGAGAGGCGGGUGAGGCUCGCGCGCUUCGUGCGCAUAAGACUCUUACGCCACGCUUUACCGAUUUCUUUACUUAUUUUGAGAAAAAAAACCGACUGUUUUGCGUCUAGUUUAGAUUGGGUUCCGUCACUGGCUCUCAUCUUUGUGCUGGCCAUACGGAGGGAAAAUAUAAACCGAUUUAAGUACUUUCCUGAAGCCGUGAUAUUUCACAGAAACAACGACGGAAUUGAGAUAAGUGUUGGGUUUUAAGGUGAGUGGUAAACGGGACUAUCCAAAAAAAAAAAAACUUUCGUAACGAGGAAGGAAACAAACAACACUUAUGGGAGAUUAUUUUGAAUCGAAAUGAAGAUGUGACCGUCGCAGUUUUAAUCGCAAUUUAGGAAAUUGCAAAUAAUAAGUAGGGAAAAAAUGGAUCAUUUUACGUUUCUGGGAAACUGCCCACCUACCCCUCCCCUAAACCAACAUUAACACUUACCUCUUACUCAGGGCAAAAUGUUGCCUUAGGGGAGGGGUAGGUGGGCAGUUUCACAGAAACGUAAAAUGAUCCGAAAAAUUUCCGAGGUUCAACGGGAUUCGAAACCAUAGCCUCUGUAUUAGCGCUCUAGUGCUCUACCAAUUCUGCCAAAAGGACUCAGAUAAAUUGUAUUUCGCGCUGCCUUUUUUUCUUUAGAUAAAACCAGAUCCACACGCUUCAGAAAUUAUGGAUAUUUACGAGGCUAAAAUGGCUGCUUUAGUGGUAAGUGUUUCAACCUCUGUUAACUUCUCCUCUCUUCCUUUGAUUACUUUUCUGGUAGAAAUGUGUCGCAGUGUCGCAAGUAUAUUAAUGGCGCUAUUGCUUUCAACAGACAAAAGAAAGUCAUCUUCAGGAUCUUUUGGAAGCAAAAGCUCUUGCGUUAGCCCAGGCGGAUCGUCUUAUCUCUCAAUACAGAUGUCGGAGAGCGCAAUCAGAAGCUGAGGUAUGAUGAUAUUGUUAGUAUAUAGUUAGACGCAGAGAACAACCAAUCAGAAAUAAUGAAUCGUAUGAAUGUGAUCUAUAUUAACCAAUAUUCCUAGUGCAAACAACAGUACCACUCCAUUAACGUCAUGAUCAGAGUAGAAUAGAAUCCUCCUAAUAGUUAUACUACAUGCAUGACAGCAUAUUGUUUAAAAAACACAAUAAUAUACGGUGAGACCUUCACUCAUUCUAUUAAUAGUCUCUCGGUAGAACGUUACCUUCCAUGGUAGUUUCCAGUGUUAACAGCCUUAAAAUUGUGGUUUUUUUUCAGUGUGCGAAAUUGAUGCAGCUCUUGCAGACGACGGAAAAGAAAGCAGAGAACCAAGCUCAACAGGUGCCAUUUCCCUUAUCAAAAGUGCAAUAAUUCUUUCAAAAGAUUAACUAAAAACGCACAUGCAUUGUUGUCUAACAACUCCCAACAUUGUUGGAUGUUGUUGCGUCCCUUUGCACGUAGCUUUACGCUUACAACUGCUGCCUUAAGGUGGAUUUCCACUGUCGCGUACUUUUUCCGUUCGUACGCGCGUAGAUAAAAUAGAGGUAAUAUGUGGAAGGUCGCUCGUAAACGUAAAGUUUGACCUUGCUCAACUUUCACAUUAACGAAUGGCCUUUCUUACAUUGCCUCUAUUUCAUUUACGCGCGUAAAUGAAAUAGUGCGUUCGCACGGAAAAAUGACGCAACAGUGGAAAUCAACCUAGGUUGAUUUUCACUCGUGCGUAAGCACGUAAAAAUUACGCGAUAGUAGAAAUUUGCCUUUACGUUUUCCAUAAACGCGAAGUUAGGCAUUUUCAAGUCGUAGUUAUUCUGAGACAAAGAAUGUUUAGAUGGCAAAAUCUCCCAAAAUUAGUAAUGUUUUUAAUCCUGGUCGUCAGCUAAAUGCCGCGUCACGCGAAAGGCUGGAAAUUCAAGCGUCCUCUCUCGCAAAACGGAGAAACCUUUCGAACCAAAAAAUUACAGAAGAAUCGAUAGUUUCUUAGUUUGAUUUUUGGUAACGUAACGUGAAAACCAAUAAUAUAGUCUAGAAAAGACUCUAUAUGAUGUUCAAUGCCGAUUCCAAGUGUAAUAUCUUUUGACCCUUACAGAUCAAUGAACUGCUUGAAGCUCAAAAGGCAGCAACUAAAGAGGUUAGAGUUUUCUGUGUUUUAGAGUAGUUUUCCACUUGAGAAAAGACGACCUAAACCAUGAUUUUUUAUUUACUUAAGUGUUAAUGGUCUUUUUGUAGAUGGAAAUUAUGUUAAGGCACAAUGAAAACCUGAAAGUUGUCGAAGAGGAGCAUGAGCAGCUCAAGAUUGCAUUUGCGGAGCAGUCACAAAGGUACCUGUAUUCGGAAGUUAGGUAAAGGAGUUGGGGAGAACAAAAGAAUUCCGUCGGGGACGUGACAAAAACGUAGGUUUUGAAGCUUGCGGAACUCACAACGCUUAAGCUCUGACAGAACUAACAGUUUAAAGUGAAAGUAAAAGCAGGAUCUUGUUAAGAGAGUAUUACGCACCUUGAUUUCUAUUAAGGGCAUUUACAUUUGUUAUACGCUUUGUGGUUCAUAUUGAUGAACAGUGACUCACUCUCUUCUUCUGCAUGCAAACUUACACCAGAACUUACUCUCUCUCUUUUUCAAACAACCCUCUUAUACUUUUACCACUAUACGUUUUUUAUCAGUCGCUGAGAAGCUUGACUUUCGCCCUGUGUUCUCUUUUCAGACUGGAAACUAGUCAGCGGAGUCUUAUGGCGGCUCAAGACGAGCACAAGGCACUAUCGGACUUGAAUGACAUGUUAAGGCGGCACAACGAUAACCUGAAAAGCCAACAUGAUUGGUAGUGUAUCUUUACUCUUCAUUAAUGAUUCUUAUAAGGUUGUGAUGCAAAUCAAGUGUCGCUAUUGAGAGGGAAGAUCGCGAACAAAAGAAAAACAACAAUAUGCACUGAGCGCUGUUAUUAACUUGUUGUUGUAGUAUAGUAGGGAUGUUUUAGACCCAUUUUUGGGCAGGAAUCUCGUUAAAGACGGCAGGAAGACAUUAACGUCGAUGAUGUCAUUGGCCACUUUGAGGUUGCGCUUUGGAGUGGGUCAGGACGGUUUGAAAGUGCAUGGUGGGACUGUUUGGGGGACGCAUUUUUCGUCCCCAAAACAGUCCCACAAUGCACUUUGGCAACCAUCUCGACCCGAUCUCCAGCGCAACCUCAAAGUGGAAAAUAGCCUCUUGUCUCUAUCUCAUGAAUAAAAUGCAGAGGAAUAUCAUUAAGAAAAGGAGAUGGGCUAUUUUUAGGUGGGUUAGCCCGUUAAACAGGUUUUCUAGUUAUUUCUAGCUCGAUAAUUGUCUUGCUUUUUAGAGGCACUCAAUCACGAAUUGUUAAAUCGACGUUAAGGAAUAUUUGUCAUUUAUUUGGUUUAUAUGGGCAAAUCGACGAAUCGACGAUUUGUUGUUGCGCUUGAAAUAGUGUUAUUCAGGACCCAGUUGUUCAAAAGGAGGAUAACGCAACUGGUUUCACAAAUAGUUAUCCACCGGAUAGUGAUUUAUCCGGUGGAUAUUAAACGCUAUCCAACGUUUUAACAACCGGGACCAGCCCUUUAGAGAAUUAUAUUUUUUUCUAUAGUACAACCAAACAACUUCACGAACUCGAAACAGAGAGAAAAAAGGUUGUUCAGCAACUAAAGGAAAAGGACACCAAAUGUCAAGGUACUGUUCUUGUGUUUUACUUUUCAAGCAUUCAUUGUUCAGCAUGUAUAGGGCAGGCUGAAACAUUAGACGUUCAUCAACAAGAUGCCAUGACUCUUACAGUUCGCUGACUCAAAAAACUUUGUUUGACUGUGAUUUUGUAGAAAUGAGUACCAGCGAUAUAUUGCUGGGGGUAACUGUUGUUACAAUAUUAACUCCGUGUCCACUUUGGAGUGAUUUUUUCGAAAAUGCCAGGUCACGUCACACGUCAUAUUACAUAAAUGAAGUACCUUACAGAAACCACUAGGAGAAUUGCUGAUCAGGGGCAUUGAAAUUCUUGAUGGCGAAUGUACGUCAUAAGCAUAAAACCUAAUAUUGUUAUAACUAAAAUUCCUGUGUAAAAUUAGGAAUUGGUACGAUUGUUAUUUCCUUUUCGCUGUUACCCUUAGAGCUCCGGAAAACGCUUCAGAAACAAGAGGAAGAAACCAAACAACGUGAAAAGAACAUAGAUGAUCUACAGAAUACAAACGAAUCCCUUAAACGUGAUCUAGCUAAAGCAGAUAAAGAGAGAAAGGAAUUAGCACACAAGGUUAGUGUGGAUGUUCUUUGUGCUUCAGGAACCAUGGCUAAGGGUGUGAGAAUGAUUGCCAGUCGAUACCCGGCUUAGCAAAGGAACUUUGUCGGGUGAUAAAAUGUUGGCCCUAAACUGUAAAAGAGAAAUACUAUUUUCUAAACGACGCACUAUUUUAACAAAGUAUUCUCGAAAUUUUUCUUUAGUUAUCUUAUUGGGAGGAAAGAAGUGCCCAAGAAGUGACUGUUAAAUGGUCUUACUUUCCUUCUUUUUUAUCAGUAUUUUGCAACUAAUGCUUUUUUGCGCGACAAAGUGUAUUCAAUAAGGUGUAUUUUUAGUUUGGGUAUUUACCUAUUUCGUACUCUUUUUGCCCUCUAUACGUUGUACACUCUUGUUUUUACUGAGCUUUACGAACUCUGCUUCUUUUUAUAUACUGAUUUGAUGCGGUCAAAAUUUACAGCGAGGGUUGUCCUUUUAUAGACUUAAAUACAAAUGAAUAAUUCAUGAAUAUAAUCCAGGGAAAUCUUUAUUGUGAAGGAAAGUAGUUUUUGUUACUUAUUUUAUUAACAAUUAUGAACAAUUUUCGAUAGCGGUUUUAACCCACGCGUACUCCAUUACUCCUAAGGGACCUCAAGAUUCGACGAAGGCGACGGCAACGAGAACAUUCGAGAACAUCAAAAAGCAAUAAUAGGUUUAUUGAGUAAAAAAUACCUUUUACACGUCUUGCUUUGGUACAUUUCUUGGCCGUCACCGCACGACUACGUAGUAAAAAUGCCUAACUUCAACUUUUAUGGAGGACUUAAACUAGCGAAGACGAAAUUUUCUUUCUCUUUCUGAAAUUGGAUAAGGUUCUUAACAAUUAAACUCUAUGAAAUUUCACCUACUUUUGACAAAGAAAGUGAGUUGGAAUAAUCGCGAUGAAGGUUGAAAGAAAAUACGACAUUCACUUUUUUAGCUGUCGCCGCCGUGUUCGGAUCUUAAGGUCCCUGUUACGUGAGGCUUACGGUAAACCCGCUUCUUACAACCGCCUACUUUCUUCUCUAAGACUGGAAACUAGUCAGCGGAGUCUUAUGGCGGCUCAAGACGAGCACAAGGCACUAUCGGACUUGAAUGACAUGUUAAGGCGGCACAACGAUAACCUGAAAAGCCAACAUGAUUGGUAGUGUAUCUUUACCCUUCAAUAAUGAUUCUUAUAAGGUUGUGAUGCAAAUCAAGUGUCGCUAUUGAGAGGCAAGAUCGCGCACAAAAGAAAAACAACAAUAUGCACUGAGCGCUGUUAUGAACUUGGUGGAGCCUUUUUAUGCGAGAAGUAGUAUAGUUGGGAUGCUUUAGACCCAUUUUUGGGCAGGAAUCUCAUUAAGGAGGGCAGGAAUACAUUAACGACGAUAAUGUCAUAGCCUUUGGUCUUUAUCUCAUGAAUAAAAUGCAGAGGAAUUCAUGAAGAAAAGGACACCCGUUGGAUAGGUUUCUAGUUAUUUUAUAGCUCGAUAACUGUCUUGCUUUUUAGGUCAUGGAUGACGUAGUCAUUCCAUGAGCUUUUGGAGGCACUCGAUCACUCACUCACUCGACUGUCAUUUAUUUUUUCAUUAAACUGGGAUUAAACAUUUGACUCCUUCUUCGCCUGCUAAGUAUUGCUUUUGUUCCAAGGGCUUCAUGCGCAUAUGUUAAUGGAGCACUUUCCGUUUCCUUUUCCUUUUACAUACUCCAAAAUAAGUCUUUUUCACACCCGUUUUAUCCAGUAAGAAUUAUUUUGGACAGUUUUUAAUCUGUUAAUUUCCCAUUCUGCAGCAUUUUUUUGCCCUUUGCGGUAAACGUGAUUCAAAAUCUCUGUUAUGUCUGCAAUCUAUUAAGCCGCAAAAUACCGAAUACUUGCCGAGCAAAAUAGGGGGAACGUCAGCGAAACCUUGGCGCUUAAAAUAAUGUUAUUCAGGGCCCAGAUGUUCGAAAGGAGAAUAACGCAGUAUUUUUCACAAAUAGUUAUCCACCGGAUAGCGAUUUAUCCGGUGGAUAGCGCUAUCCAACGUUUGAACAACCGGGGCCAGCCCUUUAGAGAGUUUUAUUUUUUUCUAUAGUACAACCAAACAACUUCACGAACUCGAAACAGAGAGAAAAAAGGUUGUUCAGCAACUAAAGGAAAAGGACGCCAAAUGUCAAGGUACCGUUCUUGUGUUUUACUUUUCAAGUAUUCAUUGAUCAGCAUGUAUAGCGCAGGUUGAAACAUUAGACGUUCAUCGACAAGAUGCUGUCAUCAUUCUUAUGGUUCGCUGACUCGAAAAACUUUGCUUGGCAAUGUUUUUGUGGAAAUGAGUACCAGCGACAUACUGCUGGUGGUAACUCUGUUGUUACAAUGUUAACGGUCACGUCACACGUCAGUCAUAUUAGAUAAAUGAAGUACCUUACAGAUACCACUUGGAGAAUUGCUGAUCAGGGGCAGUGAAAUUCCAGAUGGCAAAUGUACGUCAUGAGCAUAAAACAUAUUGUUAUAACUAAAAUUCCUGUGUAAAAUUAGGAAUUGGUACGAUUGUUAUUUUCUUUUCGCUGUUACCCUUAGAGCUCCGGAAAACGCUUCAGAAACAAGAGGAAGAAACCAAGCAACGUGAAAAGAACAUCGAUGAUCUACAGAAUACAAACGAAUCCCUUAAACGUGAUCUAGCUAAAGCAGAUAAAGAGAGAAAGGAAUUAGCACACAAGGUUAGUGUGGGUGUUCUUUGUGCUUCAGGAACCGUGGCUAAGGGUGUGAGAAUGAUUGCCAGUCGAUACCCGGCUUAGCAAAGGAACUUUAUCGGGUGAUAAAAUAUGGGCUAUAAACUAUAAAAGAGAAAUACUAUUUUCUAAACGACGCACUAUUUUAACAAAGUAUUCUCGAAAUUUUUCUUUAGUUAUCUUAUUGGGAGGAAAGAAGUGCCCAAAAAAUGACUGUUAAAUGGUCUUACUUUCCUUCUUUUUUAUCAGCAUUUUGCAACUAAUGCUUUUUUGCGCGACAAAGUGUAUUCAAUAAGGUGUAUUUUUAGUUUGGGUACUUACCUAUUUCGUACCCUUUUUGCCCUCUAAACGUUGUACACUCUUGUUUUUACUGAGCUUUACGAACUCUGCUUCUUUUUAUAUACUGAUUUGAUGCAGUCAAAAUUUACAGCGAGGGUUGUCCUUUUAUAGACUUAAAUACAAAUGAAUAAUUCAUGAUUAUAAUCCAGGGAAAUCUUUAUUGUGAAGGAAAGUAGUUUUUGUUACUUAUUUAAUUAACAAUUAUGAACAAUUUCUGAUAAAAGACAUUUUAGCCGAUGUCUUGUAACGGCGAUAGCGGUCUUAACCCACGCGUACUUGAUUUCUCCUAAGGGACCUCAAUAUUCGACGAAGGCGACGGCAACGAGAACUUUCGAGAACAUCAAAAAAGCAAUAAUAGGUUUACUAAGUAAAAAAUACCUUUUACACGUCUUGCAAUUGCAUCUGUACCACACUCGUUUGGUACAUUUCUUGGCCGUCACCGCACGACUACGUAGUAAAAAUGCCUAACUUCAACUUUUAUGGAGGACUUAAACUAGCGAAGACGAAAUUUUCUUUCUCUUUUUGAAAUUGGAUAAGGUUCUUAACAAUUAAACUCUAUGAAAUUUCACCUACUUUUGACAAAGAAAGUGAGUUGGAAUAAUCGCGAUGAAGGUUGAAAGAAAAUACGAGAUUCACUUUUUCAGCUGACGCCGCCGUGUUCGGAUCUUAAGGUCCCUGUUACGUGUGGCUUACCGUAAACCCGCUUCUUACAACCGCCUACUUUCUUCUCUUCUAUCUUCAGUUGUCAUCGUUGGAACUUGUGUGUCAACAGAACGAGGACGUGAUAAAGAAACGAGAAGUAGCAAUCAAGGAACUGCAGUCUGAACUUGACCGACAGGCUCAAAUCGCUGCCAUGAUCCACAAUCUAAGCAGUGGAAAAGUACCGAUCACUAAUUUUGCCGGCAAAUCCAGCUGACCCCGGUUUAAUAUGCUUUCUGUUUCUUUCUUUCUUUCUUUCCCCUCUUCCUACCCUGUCGUCUUUCUCUUUAUUCAGGUUCUUUUUCUCGUCCUCCUCAGUAUCAUCGUCAUCGCCGUUACCCCCGCAUCAUCAUCAUUGACAUCAUCCUGUGAACGAAGUUAAGCGAUGAAUGUCCGCUGCAGAUCUUCUCUUUUAUUGUCCCUUUUUGCAGCCAAAAUUAUCUUUCAAUGCUACGCUUUCUUUCAGUUUUCUCACUAAACAGGUCAACGACCGAACAAUAAGACUCUUUUCUAAGAAAACUUAGGUAUUUUUUUGCUCAUCUGACUUCAGAUCUUCCACAUAGAGCAACGGUCUGUUUUUUGGAAGGACUGUUCGUGGCACGUCCAUGAAACAACUUUUUAUAUUAAAUUCCAGUCUGAUUAGAAAAAUAGUAGACUCCUUGUAAAUACCGUAGUAAUUUAUUUUUACCGUGACC